AUGUUGCUGUGCAUUCCCUUGUCACCAGGUCUCCAGGAAGCAAAGACAGACAUCUCAAUGGCUACCAAGGAUGACAGUGAAGUCCGUCUGUCUCAUGAUCUCUCAGAAGGUGAGAUAAAAGCCACUCAGAAGAGAAGAGAAAAAGUACUUAUGUGUCUGAAAAACCUUGGGAUUCAUUGUGAGCAGAAUAAUGUGCCUAAUAUUGUUGUUCUGGGAUCAGGCGGAGGCUUGCGUGCCUUGAUAGCCCUGCUAGGAACCUUGGUCGAGCUGAAGAAAAAUAAUCUCUUGGAUGCUGUCAUGUAUCUGUGCGGGGUGUCAGGAUCCACUUGGUGCAUGUCACUCCUGUAUGAAGAUAGAAAAUGGUCAGAAAAUUUAAUGUCCUUGGAAAAGGAACUGUGUAAAAACCUCAGCAAUUUGUCCUGGCAUAUUACAAAAGCAAAAGAAUCCUUGGCAGAGUCAUCAAAAGACGAACAUUACUCACUCACUGACUUCUGGGCCUCCUGUUUUGUAUACAAAAUACUGCAGCAGUUUGAUGAGAAUGAGCUGGCUGAUCACAGGGAGGCCUCAGAGACUGGAAUAAACCCUUACCCGAUUUAUGCAGCAGUAGAUAAAGAAGCACUGAAGGAAAAAGAUGGAAACUUGCCAGAGACCUGGUUUGAAUUCACUCCACAUGAAGUUGGAUAUACUGCCUUGGGUGCUUUUGUGAGUACCAAACACUUUGGGAGUGAAUUUGAGAAUGGUAAGCUGAAGAAAAAGGGGAAGAAGAAACACAUUUGUUACAUGCAAGGCUUAUGGGGGAGUGCUCUUGGAAACAUGGAAGAAAAUCUAAAGUUUAUACGAGGUUCCGUGCGGGAUGUCAUUACGGUAGUGUUUAAAACAAUCCAAUGUGCGCUGACCUGGAAAUGGGGAACAACUAAUAACUUCCUUUACAACUGCCCUUACAGUCAACCCUCUUACCUGAUCAAAACCAAAACAAUCUCUUUGAUUGAUGCUGGCCUGGCAAUAAAUUCUGCUUAUCCUCUGGUCCUUCGAGCACAACGGCGAACAGAUCUGAUCAUUUCCUUUGAUUUCAGCUCUGGAGAUCCUUUUGAGACUAUCAAGAAAACAGCUACAUACUGCCAGGAAAACAAUAUUCCAUUUCCCAAGAUAGAGGAUCAGAAAAUGGAUGAGAACAACCCUUCUGACUGCUAUAUCUUCCGAGGAGACAAGUCAUGCCCUACAGUCAUGCACUUUCCACUCUUCAACAACAUGAAUUGUUCUGAUAAAAUAGAAGAAUACAGAAAAAGAUUUCCUACCUUUCACAUGUUCUUCCCAGAGGGAGACAUCAAAGAUCUCCUUGAGAAAGCAAGGUUGAAUGUAUCCAACAAUAUUGGGAAGAUUCUGGAUGAGAUAAAAUGUCUUGUGUCUUCCUUUCAUCCAAAGGAGUUCUGAGUGCAAGGGUUUUUUUUUUCCUUUAGUACAAGACAAUGAGUUUAUGAAUCACUAUAAAUGGUAUACUUUACCCCACUGCAAUUUUCAUUUAAACCAUUUGGUGAUAGUCUUCAUACUGUGCUCUGGACAACUGCAAUGUAGAUUUCUCCAUCUCAGCUACCUCUCUAAGUUCCUCUAUAGUACAAAGAACCAAAGAGAUGCUCUUAGAGAGUGAAUCAUUUGGCACAUUUUAAAAAUGUUUGUGAGAAUAAGAUGGCCUGAGUUUCUGAAGGGCUGAAGAGGCUUCUUUUAAAGUUGGAUUAGAUGAAGGUAUUGGUGUUCAUAAAGAAAUUCUAAAAAUAAUAAAGCUAAACAUAAUGAAAAGGAAAAAAAAAGACUGAAGGAGAAAGAAAGAGGGAGUCUUUCCACAGAAGAAUAGUUAAGCAGGAAGCAGGACAGAUGAUAAAGAAUUAGACAGAUAAGUACUAAAUAAACACAUUAAAAGGGAAAAAAGAACCUCUAUAAUUUUUGCUCUUGACAAUGGAAGAUGAAUAAUGGAGGAACCAUGAAAGAGAUGAAGAAAAAUCUGGUGGCCAGAGACUUACACACAAUGCUGGUAAAACUGGACUGUGUCUGAACAAGGGAAGGAUAUCUGUCUGUAUGAACCAAAUGUGAACUAAUACUAGGCUCUGGCUGGCUCAUGAUACUGUCUUUGUUAACUUCUUUCUUUUUCUGUAUUUCUUACUUGUUAAUUUUUCUGGGGUUUUUUUCUGUGUAUCUUAAUUAAACCUGUUUAUUAAAUAUAUGAGCUAUAUCUUGUUACUAAUGGCAGCCAUAUUUGGCUUUGUCCCACAGUGUGCUGUAUAAUCCUAG